AUGGUUCCUUCGCGUGAGAUCAUCGACGACACUGCGGUCGUCAACGACGGCACGGCGGCCGUCAACCAGCGCACGACGAGCUACUGCGAGCCCGUCGUGGAGUCCACCGUCCGCUCGAUACGGUCGGUGAACACCAAGGAUGUCUCGGACGGCAAAGCGACGCCAACCGAGGACAUCAAGGUGACUGGCAAGGCUGGAGACCUUGCACUCGGCACUGAGGCCGGCAAUGAGACUGAGACCAACGGCACUGAGGCCAGCACUGAGACCAAGCUCAAGGGCGACUCCAUCACAGUCGACCGCUCCGAUAGCUAUGAGAGCGAUAAGAUGGUCGGAGGUUCGCCCUUUGUGUCCGCUGAGGCUGUGCUCUCCGCCGAGGCUGUGAUCUACGAGAGCGCUGCCCGAGCAGCGCUCCGAGCAGAGGCGUUGGCGAGAGAGGCUGAGGAGGCUACGAGGCGUGAGAACUCGAUGCAGAAGAGGCAGCUGGAUGGACGCGUGUGCUUUGAUCUCCGACAAGUUGACGGCGGCUCGUCAACAAAGCCCAAAGUCGCGAGCAGCGUCUGGAUUCAGGUGUUUGUCGCCGGUAAAUUCUUUUUGUCGGUGCUGUUCGCUAGCAUGAGCACUCUAUUGAGUGGCGGCGGCGGUCCUCUAUUGACGGCUGAGCUACUGAAGCUGAUCGUGCGCCUGCUCAAGAAAUUGCCAAAAUUGGCCCUCAGAUUUGUGCUCACUGCCCUCUCGCCUGGCGCGCACUUCAAGCGGCUGGCGCUCGUCACCGCUCUGCAGGCGCUUGCGUCGCUGGUGCACUACGCGCGCAAGCUGUGGGCGCGCGGCUCGAGCGUGGCGUGGCAGCGGCUCGCCAAGGCGAGGAACUACGACGAGUACUCCGUCGCGGCGCGCGAGGUCGAGUCGGACGCUCCGCCGGCCGGCGACGCGCUCUCGGGCCCGCAGGAGAGCUUCUUUGCGACGCUGCGUGAGCGGGCUGCCAACUACGCGAGGCUGCAGGCCGAGGGCGACGAGUACGGCCUCAUGUUCCACCUCCGCUCCGAGCUGAUGCGGCAGCAGCUCGGCAACCGCGGCUACGCGCGCGAAGGCUCAAAGUGGCUUCGCGAGCACUCGACCGCCCGCGAGGCCAUCGCGCACUACCAGGCCCACGUCUGCGAGGCGCUGCGGUACAUUGCGUCUGGCGCGGCGCCCUCGUCCUCCGCCGCACGGCAGCGCCUCGCCUUCGUCAACGAGACGCGCCACUCCUACGGCCAACACCGCCCUCCUCCUCCGGGCCUCGGCCGCCGCACCGCCCUGCUACUCUCGGGCGGCGGCGCGUUCGGCGUCAAGCACAUCGGCGUCGUGAUGGCGCUGCACAAAGAGAGCCUGAUGCCCCGCAUCCUCUCUGGCACAUCGGCCGGCUCGAUCGUCGCUGCGUAUUGCGGCACAAAGACGGACGAAGAGCUGCAGGAGAUGCUGCUUGAGGACCCAAUUAUUUAA